UAAACGCGCUCAGUCUAUGCAUUCUAAUCUGAAUGUGGUGGAGCUAUGAGAAGAGAAGUACCAUUGGCUUGCAUUCGUCUGUGCCAUAGCUUUUGUAGAGAGACAAGCCAACUAUAUUCACCUUAUAAUAAUAAUCUUAUUAUAAGGCUUCGACUAGUUUUAUUUCACGCAAAUUUGGAUUAAUCUGGAUUGAUCGGAUAUUAGUGACUAUUAUUGUUGAUUAUUAUCCUUUUAUCAUUAUUAUUUCUAUUGGCAUUAUACAUGAUUUUCAACUCCAAAUUGCAACACCAUAAUUGUCUACUACAGUUUCCAAGCGGAAUUAGCCUGUUCUGCACCUCCUGAGGAAGGCUUGAGUCUGGAUUCAUGUUCGGAAAAAUGAAGUUAAAGUUUUUUUACGGUGGGCUCUAUACGACCACCUCUAGCCUACAACUCCGUCGGCAGUUGAUAUUGCCAAUUGAAAACGUGAUGCUGUAGCCUAUUGUAGUUCAUUGACGGUAGAAAUAUUAUAAUUGUAUCUCCAUGUGAGACAUUCUCGAAUGUGGAUCACUGAAAACGAUGUAUACCGAGGUGGCUAAUUUAAACUUCAGCUCUAAUGGAAGCAUCGACGAUCCAUUGAGCUCUCUGGAUCAAGAAUGGAACGAGCCCCCGGCGAAAAGACUGUCACGGACGGGACACCAUGUUAUGUCCGUCUUCCUUGGAUCUAUUAUGAUUUUUGGUUUCAUCAAUAACCUGGUGGUAUUGAUCCUGUUUAUUAAGUUCAAAACUCUGCGGACUCCUGUUAACAUGCUUUUGUUGAACAUCAGCGUGAGUGACAUGCUGGUGUGCCUCUGUGGCACCACGCUCAGCUUCGCAUCCAGUCUACAAGCACGCUGGCUGUACGGGAAGCACGGGUGCAUGUGGUACGGCUUCGCCAACUCUUGUUUCGGAAUUGUGUCGCUAAUCUCGCUGGCCUUCCUCUCCUAUGACCGCUACAGCACCUUAACCGUGUACAACAAGCGGGCCCCCGACUACCGCAAGCCUCUGCUGGCYGUGGCGGGCUCCUGGCUCUACUCCCUGUUCUGGACAGUGCCCCCCCUGCUGGGCUGGAGUAGUUACGGCCUGGAGGGGGCCGGGACCAGCUGCUCGGUCACCUGGACAUCCCAGACUCCCCAAUCUCACUCCUACAUCAUCUGCCUGUUCAUYUUCUGUCUGGGGCUGCCUGUGCUGGUCAUGGUCUACUGCUAUGGGAGGCUGCUCUACGCUGUCAAACAGGUGGGGCGGAUCCGUAAGUCGGCGGCGCGGCGGAGAGAGUUCCACAUCCUGUUCAUGGUGAUCACUACGGUGGUGUGUUACCUGCUCUGCUGGAUGCCCUACGGCGUGAUUGCCAUGAUGGCCACCUUUGGACACCCGGGCCUCAUCACCCCCAUCUUGACCGUGGUGCCCUCCAUCAUGGCUAAGAGUAGCACCGUCAUCAACCCACUCAUCUAUAUACUCAUGAACAAACAGUUCUACAGGUGUUUCCUGAUCCUGUUCCACUGCAAACGGCCCAGUUCUGAGAACGGCGUCUCCUCCAUGCCUUCCAAGACCACCGUCAUCCAGCUCAACCGCCGGGGCCACAGUAACAACGUAGCCAUCACGCCCCAGCUCUCCACCGGCGCCAACCACCAUAACCAACAUCCCCACACGGUGGAGUGCAGCACUAACAACCGUGAAGUCACCACCCCAGUCUCCGAACAGACCAGCCCAGAGAUCACCUCCUGUGGACAGCCGCGUACCCCCCCCACUACCCCCCGAAGCCCCUCUCGACCCACCCCCCCUUUCCCCCACGUGACAAACGCUAUCCAGUGAUCCACUGUGUCAUAUGAUAGCGUCACCACCGAGAACUCUACAGAGGAUACGGUGUUAUCCCUGGCAUUUGUCAUGCGGUGUCGCCCCCCCAAAAAAACUGUCUACACAGUGAUCUCUCAUGUGGCGUCACCCAACAACUCUCCAUAGUGAUUUGUCAUCAUGAGAACGCCUCAACAGACUACCCAUAAAAUAAUCCAUCAUGAGGCGCUGUGUCACCAGAGAACUCUUCUAUACAGUCAGUGACCUAAUCCACAACGUUACCCAGACAGAGAACUAUCAAAAUCUUCUAACAAAAGUGAUCUAUUCCACRUCAUCACCCCAGAAACUAAACUGUGAUCUAUUAUCUUAUAGAACAGGUUGUCCCAACUGGCGGAUUCAUUUGGCCCCGCAAGUUCAUAGCAAAAAUACAUAAUGAAUUUUCGUUGUUGGACAUUAGACUAAAAUCAGCUCCAAUUGAUUUUACGUUUUGAAAUGUUUACGCUUUAGAUAAUGUUAUAUCUGUUUUGGCUUCUUGCUGUCAAUUGGCAGUAAUUAUGUUCUGGCCCCCCGCCCAUCCGCUUAAGAAGAAAAUACGUUGGCCCGCGGCUGAAUCGAGUUGAUGAUCCAUGUUAUAGAAGGUGUGUCAACCGCCYCAACCCAUCUAGAUGGUCAACUGUUACUUUGUUACUCCGUAAAAGGUGUGGAUAUCUUCCUGUCCAGUCUUGCCGUCAAAAUAAUAAAAACUUGUAUUUUUCCACAACUUCUGUUUUCAUAUUGAAACAUGUGUUACGUUGAUAGACCCCAGAGUUGUAUUAAGACUGCAGCGGCUUUACAGUGUUGUCAUUACUGUUACAGUACCAAAAAAGGCUUUUGUCAUAACCGUUACAGUAUGCGGUCAUAACUGUGGCCAUUUCCAAUUAAGUGCAAUAAUAGACAGAUAAUCCUAAUUUGUUCUAAAGCAUCUAUGAAGCCUAUGUGAAUGAUGUUGGUGAAGCUGAAUACUUUUUGUACCGCAUCUGUGAGAUCAAAAUCACCUUGGGCCUCGUUUAUUUGCUCCGUUUUUAUAUUACACUUCAUAUCAUCAGCUCUUGAAAUAAUAUGAAGGAUAAUCACAAUGUUUAUGCACAUAACUAAGGGUGUAAAUCACACACAACCAUGUUCAUUUCCAGAUCGCAACAAGUUGCUAAAUCAAUAUUUUCACGCCUACUUCAUGGUUAUUAAAUUACUAUAUAGCUGUGGAUUUCAACUAUUUAAGAUCAUAUCUGUGCGUAAGAACAUUUUAUAGAUGAUGCACCUGGGUGAACCAUGUAAAACUGGUUAGUAUUACACUCUAAACCGGUAUUAAAUGUAUGGCAAUGUGAAGGGAUUUUCCAUUUCACUGCAGGGUGGGUAGGGUAAUAAACCAGAAACAGUUGGAGAAUUGUAACAAAGUGUGUAUGUUUGCAACACUUGAAGCCAUCAUCCCAUUGGGCAAAAGACAUAUCAAUGUUCAAUUGUCAGUUUGAAAUGUUUAGUUAUGACAAUGUGGAAACAAUGCUGAUCCAACCAAUAGUUGCAUGUUGGGAUGACAGCCAGGCGUUGUAUGAAAGCCACAACCUGUUAAAGUUACCAUCUUUCUGUGCCUGUAGUGUUGAGUCAUGCAGUAACUGGCUUUGCAUGUUGACAUGUGCCUCAGUCUACAAGUCUAAAUAGGUACCUAGCAGCUCCCAGCAGGCAGUCAACAGCCGUGCACCCCACUGGGCUGCCACAGUGGCUGUAGCCAUCAUACGGCACUUGCUUGUCUUUAUCCACAUGACAAACUGAACAGCACCGCCUCUCACUGCCUAAUAAACUGUACCCCAAAAAACAGUUAAAUAAAUGGACUGCAACCCAAAUAAAAUCCUUCUGUGAGUUA